AUGCCUCCCACAGAUGAACCUACCAUUGAUCCCCAGGAAGAUCAACCUACCUUUGAGCCAACCUUGGAGCCCGUUCAGCCAACAUUGGAGCCAGUUGAGCCAACGUUUGAGCCCGUUGAGCCAACAUUGGAGCCCGUUGAGCCAACCUUUGAGCCAACGGAGCCUGCAACAAACCCGCCAACCAACCCACCCACUGAACAACAAACACAAGUGCCUAAUCAAUCUCCUUCUGAGCCCCCAACACAACCACCACCAUUUCUCCCACAGCCCACUGAACCACCUACGGCAGCACCAAAUGAUGCGCCUUCAAAUCCGCCUACUCCACAACCAACUGAGCCUCCCACAGAAACGCCAACCAAUCCACCCACUCCGCAACCCACACAGCCGCCUACAGAGCAGCCCACACAGGCACCAACAUGCGAUCCUGAUACACUAGCAACAACGCUUUAUUAUGUGGAGCUUAUAGGUUCAGAAUCCAUUACAGAUGAAAAUCUGAUCGAUGCGUUCUCCAGUGCUGAUGACUCCCUCAGCAAGGACGAGUGCGACCCAAUCGUGGUUGGGGUCUCAAUCUCCGCACGUGAAACGGAUCUAGUUACGGAAACAAUAACCUUUGAAAUUGACGCAUUGGUGGAACCUGCAGUUCAUCCGAUCGAGUCCUUUAGCUUGUACGGGGGUAGUGGUGGUGAUGAUGGUGCCUUUUUCGAUGCAUAUGAAGUACAGGGACCAAUUGUGACCAGUGGAGCCGUUCUCCUUGAAGUUGGAGAUGCUUCAGGCACCAGGCUGAGCGAUUUCAGUCUCGACAUUGAUGAUCUCGCCAACACAACGACACUGUACACUGGUUACAAUUCGUCGAUCGAUCAAGCGCAUUUGGUCAAUGUUUCUGCUGAGUCGAUACCAAAUGAAAGUGUGGAGACUCCAAUGUUACCACCGAAGGGCACUGCAAACUUACCUGGAUUCGUCUCUAUCUUUGCUCCACUUCGUGGCUCCUCUUCCAACAGCCGUUCUGGUACAACGUCGCAAGGACUGGAACAGACUGGAGUGCCAACACUGCAACCGACCAGGGAACCGACCCCGGAGCCGACGGUGGAGCCAACGGUGGAGCCAUCGCGCCCAUCCGAGCAAACCACCGCACCUACUCUGGAAUCUACAAUGGAGCAGACAGCAGAAGCGGCUCCUUGA